ACGCCAAGCACCCUUGACAGAGGUCUCCCAAAUCUAACGCCCGAAAGCCGGUCUACGCGCGAGGAGAACCGAUCCUGCAGUCAUGACGUCUAUGGCGGCCAAUGGGGCGAUGAAGCUUGGCGAGCUGCCGGCGCUGGAGGACGUUCCCCCGAGCGAACGCAUGCGACUGUUCCGCCAGAAGCUCAAGCUCUGCUGCGUGCUGUACGACUUCACCGACAUGCGCAAGCAGGUGCGCGAAAAGGAGGCCAAGCGCAACGCGCUGUUGCAGAUCGUCGAGUACAUUUCGGCAGGCAAAGUGGCCUGGGACCCCUCGGUAGUGGCCGAUCUGCUCGAAUGUGUGGGCGCUAAUAUCUUCCGUCACUUGGGGCGCAGCUCCAACCCCUCAACGAUUAACGCCAAUGGCAACGCAGAAGCUGCACCGGAGGAUGACGAGCCUAUGCUGGAGCCGUCGUGGCCCCAUAUGCAGCUGGUGUACGAAAUCUUGCUACGUUUCGUGCUGUCCAAAGAGGUAGACUCCAGGACGGCCAAGGAAUACUUCAGCAAGAAGUUUAUGAUCAAACUGCUGAAUUUGUUUGACUCGGAAGAUCCUAGAGAGAGGGACUACCUAAAGACUAUUCUCCACCGCAUCUACGGCAAGUCGAUGGCGCUGCGUUCGUUCAUCCGCCGCUCGAUCAAUGACAUGUUUUACACGUUCGUGUACGAGACGGAAUCGCUGCAGGGCGUGGGUGAGCUACUGGAAAUCCUAGGAAGUAUCAUCAAUGGUUUUGCUCUGCCACUUAAACCCGAGCACCAGAAUUUCCUAGAGCGCGCGCUAAUCCCGCUUCACACGGCAGGAAAUCUCGCCAUGUUCCACCAGCAACUAGCCUACUGCACCACGCAAUUCGUCGAAAAGGACCCGCAGACCGCCGAGCCAAUUAUCAUGGGGCUACUCAAGUACUGGCCGGUGACUGCAAGCGCCAAAGAGGUACCGACUGCACUGGUGUGCUUGUUUCCAACCCCAGUGAUUAAUUGCGACGUUUUCUUUGCUGAUGAUGCAGAUUUUGUUCCUGAACGAGCUCGAGGAGAUCAUCGAGAUGAUCCAGAUGGAGCAGUUCGCGGCGGUAAUGCGGCCUUUGUUCCUGCGGAUAUCGCAGGCCGUGUGCAGCAGCCACUUCCAGGUCUCUCAACGCGCCUUAUAUUUAUGGAAUAACGAGGCACUGGUGCGGCUCGUGAGCGCGCGACGUGCUGAGAUCUUGCCGCUGAUCUUUGGAGCGCUGUACCGCAACUGCGAGAACCACUGGCACAGCACCGUGCAGACGUUAACGUACAAUGUGCUUAAGCUCUUCAUGGAAAUGGACUCGCAGCUCUUUGACCAAUGCUCGGCGCAGUUCGAGGAGCGCGAAGGAAGAGCGCAGCAGACGACGGAACAGCGUCAGCUCAAGUGGGCAGCCUUAGAACACCGCUUGCAGGCGCAAGGACCGAUGUGACAGAAGCGCGAGGGUCUCGUCGCUACUAUCGAUGACAAGUACACAAAUAACGCGAGAUAGUCACACCCGACUGCGCAUUGCGAAGGGAAAGUUGAAGCGAGCGAAAGGAUUCUGUUCGAUCCGCAAAUGGCCGGCACCCCAGACCGGCUUACACGUAGAUAGGCAGCGGAGACGGAUGCCCACUUGCAAGCCACUGCAAUCUUUGCCGUUGUCGUGAGCGCUGCGUUUUACAUGUUUCUCUUUUGCCUUUAUUGCAUUCUUGGGUUCGGCUGGGAAUCACAUCGAACUCCGUUGUUUCUUAUUGUAAUGCCAUGAUAAUGUUAAGCGAGUUAUUGCUGCUAGUGCGUGGAAAGCUG